AACACCACCACGUGAAGUAGGCUAAUCUAUAUUCUAUAGGAAGCUUUUCUAAACAAUGUAAACAACUCGAUGUAUUAAAUAUUAUUUUUAGGCCUAUUGAUCGGUUGAUCACAAAAGAAAGAUGGAAGAUUUUCAUACUGUACUAAAUUAUGCUGAUUUUCGAAUUUAUAGCAAAGAUGAAAUAUUACAGCUGAGUGUGAAAGAGAUUGUUAAUCCCCAAACAUUUGACAUCUUACAGAAUCCAGUUAUUGGAGGAUUGUACGAUCCAGCAUUAGGUCCAUGCCGCCAGAAUGAUCGUUGUGAGACCUGCGGGCAGAGCGAAAAAAAUUGUCCUGGCCAUUUUGGACACAUCAAGCUGCCCGUCCUGCUUUUUAAUCCUAUGCUUUUUAAGGUUCUUCUUCAGCUGUUGAAAGGCUGCUGCAUGUCAUGCCACCAGAUAAAAUUAUCAGCCAUCCAUGUCCAGCUCUACACCUACCAACUGGAACUGUUAGAAAAAGGUUUUCUCGCACAAGCCCAGGACUUGAAUGACAGGUAUUUCAACACAGAACAGGCAGAGAUUGUCGUGCUGCCGGAGAUGAGUAACAUCUUCCAGGAGAUUCUAGCAGGCACAGAUAAAGACGAAAGGGUAGUCUCAAAGAAUGUCAAAACUCAAAUGCAAAACACAGUUCGUGCAAUACUGAAAACUCUUGCCAGUUCUAAAACUACAUGUAUCCACUGCCACACAAGAAAUCGCACAUUAAAACAAGAGUACAACCGCACAAUAGUUGGUGCUCUGAUUGAGGAGAAACAUUCUAAACGCAAAUCAAAGUCAACAAAAUCCAAAAAAGGGGAAACGGAAGUUGUAGAAGAUGUGGAUAUGGAUGAGAAUGCUAAAAAAGCUGAUGAAGAUAAAGAAGCUCCCCCAGAAGACUUGCAAACUGAAAUGGAUGAUUUCAUUAAAUCCAAACACAAAAGAUGUAUAUUGUCCCCCACAGUUGCUAAAGAUCACCUUCAAAGGGUGUGGGAGCUGAAUAAAACUUUUCUCAAAAGGCUUUUUCCUUUUCUUGGUAACGUGAAGGGCGCUGAGGUCCCCACUGAUGUCUUUUUCCUAGAUACCCUCCCAGUCCCACCUUCAAGAUUUCGUCCACUAAGUGUGAUGAAAGAACGCAAGUAUGAACACCCUCAGACUGCUAACCUUUCAGCAGUGCUGAAGGAGUGUGUGACAUUGAAAGACUUACUACAAACAUACACAAAGGGCUCUACAGUGCCUGAUACCAUGACCACACAUGUCCAGAAGUUGAUGGCAUCUUGGUUGAGAUUACAGUCCAAGGUCAAUGUUGUCUUGGACAGCGAACUGGAUAAACUUUCUGAAGAAAAGUGUCCAGGUGUUAAACAGAUACUAGAAAAGAAAGCAGGGUUGUUUAGAAUGCACAUGAUGGGAAAGCGUGUCAACUAUGCAGCCCGCUCAGUCAUCUCUCCUGAUCCCUACAUCAGUACAAAUGAAAUUGGUGUCCCCAUAGUGUUUGCAUCCAAGCUGACAUACCCUCAGAGAGUCACACCAUGGAAUGUCCAUCAGUUGAGGCAGAUGGUGAUCAAUGGGCCGAACCAAUAUCCAGGUGCAGUCAGUGUGAUAAAUGAAGAUGGAACAAUUGUAAAACUUCACCCAACUAACUCUGGUCAGAGAGAGGCCAUAGCCAAACAGCUGUUGGUGCCAGACAAACAAACAGAUGGCUCCAAAAUGGUUUGCAGACAUCUUAUAAAUGGGGACUACAUGAUUCUCAACAGACAGCCAACUCUCCACAGGCCCAGUAUGCAAGCUCACAAGGCUCGAGUUCUUCCAAAUAUCAAAACCCUGAGGAUGCACUACUCUAACUGUAAAGCAUACAAUGCAGAUUUUGAUGGAGAUGAAAUGAAUGCACAUUUUCCUCAGUGUGAACUUAGCAGGGCAGAGGCCUCUGUCUUGGCCCUCACAGAUCAUCAGUAUCUUGUACCAAAAGACAGCACGCCAUUGGCUGGUUUAAUUCAAGAUCACAUGAUUGCUGGAGUUGCUUUGACCAUAAGAGGCAAAUUCUUCUCAAGACAAGACUACUGGAGUCUGGUUUGGAGUUCCAUGAAUGACUGGAGUAAGAAGAUGAAACUGUUGCCCCCGUCAAUUAUCAAACCACAGCCACUCUGGUCUGGGAAACAGAUUAUAAGCACUAUUUUGCUGAACAUAAUUCCUGAGGGUAAAGGGGCCAUUAAUUUAAAAGGAAAAGCCAAGAUUUCAGAGAAGAGCUGGAUUAGGUCUGAACCGAAUGGAUACAAGCUUCCAAUGAAUCUACCCCCAUUUGACUCUGAAUUAUUGGGUGAAAGUACUGUGGUUAUUCGUCAAGGGGAGCUACUACAAGGUGUUUUAGACAAAGCUCAUUAUGGCCCUUCAUCAUAUGGUCUUGUACAUUGUUGUUACGAGCUGUAUGGAGGUGAUGUAGCUGGACAGCUGUUGACUUACCUAGCCAGGUUGUUUACAUCUUAUCUUCAAAUGGUCGGCUUCUCACUGGGUGUAGGAGACAUUUUAGUGCAGAAAAAGGCUAACAAGAAAAGAACGCAUUUGAUAAAGAAGUCCCAACAUGUGGGUAAAGAUGCUGUUUUGAAAGCUCUAGGUAUGAACUCCGAGAACAACGAGUUAGAGUUGUUGACAGAGCUGAAGAGAGCUCACUUUGAGAAGGACGGUUUGAAGAUGGCUGAGGUAGACAUGUGCAUGAAGACAGAGACAGAUCGCAUUCAAGAUAGUAUUUCCAAAUUCAUCAUGGCAGGCAGGCUAGAGAAACAAUUUCCAGAGAACAGUCUACAGCUCAUGGUGCAAUCUGGAGCUAAAGGCUCCCCUGUGAACUGCAUGCAAAUUUCCUGUCUACUUGGUCAAAUAGAGUUGGAAGGUAGGAGGCCGCCCCUGAUGUUGAGUGGCCGAUCUCUGCCCUCAUUUCAACCUUACGACGUCUCUCCCAAGGCUGGGGGUUUUGUUACUGGCCGUUUUCUCACUGGGAUACGGCCCCAGGAGUAUUUCUUUCACUGUAUGGCUGGGAGAGAGGGUCUGAUAGAUACAGCUGUUAAAACCAGUCGUAGUGGCUACUUACAACGUUGUCUCGUCAAACAUUUGGAAGGUCUGAUGGUCAAUUAUGAUUUGACUGUCAGGGACAGCGAUGGAGAUCUUGUUCAGUUCUACUAUGGUGAGGAUGGCCUGGAGCCUAUCAGGAGCCCCUUCCUGAAGCCGGCCCUGUUUCCUUUCCUCACAGAAAACCUGCACGUCCUCCUCAACAACUCUAGUAAUCCCUGGAAUAGCACCUCACAGAGAAAAGAAAUACAACACACAUGGAAGAAGAUAGGCAAAUGGCGAGCAAAAACCAAAAAACUUGCUCUUUGGACCUAUAGAAACAGUCAAUUUCUGGAGUUUUGCCAAAGUGAACAUGCUCCAUCUGUGUCUAAAAAAGAUAAAAGGAAAAUCAUCAGGGAAGGAAAGUUUAUUGGGAGAUCUGUGGCGGCCCAGAUGUUGUGCCAGGCUUGGGAGCAGCUGGACGUGGAGGUCAAAGACAGCAUUGCAGAUAAAGAAUUCUGCCCAGACCCACUGAUGGCCAGGUUUUUCCCACACUCUCAGCCAGAUAUCAUGGCAGAGAAAUUUCGCCACCUACUCAAUGUGUUCUGUAAAAAAGGUUUUCAGCAGGUUGUUGCACAGAACUCACAGAUAGACAACCCUGAUGUUUUUAAGCUGGCCAUCAACAGGAAGUUGAUACAGUCCCUUGCCCAGCCUGGUGAAGCUGUGGGGUUAAUCUGUGCACAGUCUAUAGGUGAGCCAUCCACCCAGAUGACACUGAACACAUUUCACUUUGCUGGUCGAGGUGAGAUGAACGUCACCCUGGGUAUCCCCAGGCUGAGAGAAAUUUUAAUGACAGCCAGCGCCAACAUCAAAACUCCGUCCAUGGAUGUCCCCGUGGCGGAUAUACCUGAUGCAAGAAACAGGGCGGAGAAGUUGAGAAGAUAUUUCAACAAGGUUACGUUAGACCAGGUACUUGAGUAUGUGAAAGUAAAAAUUUACACAAAUAGUCAAGACCAUCAUUUAAGCAACUACAAAUUGUUUGACGUCAAGUUCAAAUUUCUGCCUCACCGUGACUACUGUGAGAUGACAAACCUCACCCCCAAAAUGUUGGUCAGGUACAUCGCCAAACAUUUCCUGGGUAUGGUGGACCAUGGCAUCAAGAAAGAAAACACUGUUUUAGAGAAGGCAGCGCUGUUGUCAAGUGGCAGAGUUCGUCGUGGGGCAGAUGAAGAGACAGAGACAGACAAAACAAAUAAUAAGCCUGAUGAUGAGGAUGAUGAUGAUAUUGUGGAUAAUGAACCAGGCGAUGGAGACUCGACGGCUGUGAAAGAACAGCAAAGACACCUGGACACGCAGGAGUAUGAGGGAGAGGAGGAGGAGAUGAAGGAAGUUGUCACUGAAGAAAAUGAAGAAGAGGAAGAUGAUGAGGAACCAAACCAAGCCAAUGAUAGCAGUGAUGAGAGUGGAGAUGAGUCUCAAGCAGCUGAUACCAACACUGAUCUCAUGUCUAAGGAAAACAAGGAACUUGUGACAGAGGCACUCUCCCGUGAUUUUGUGCAUGAGUUCAAACUGGAUGACAAAAGAAUGAGGUGGUGUACAGUCACAUUUAUGUAUGACCAGAGUCGUGUGCAGCUGGACAUCAGGAUGUUGCUGGAGAAGUGCAUCAAGAAGGCUGUGCUGCACCAGGUCAAAGGAAUCACCCGAGCUUUUCUCAAUGAGGAAAAAGAGAAUGGAGAAACUGUCUUACACUUAAAGACUGAGGGAGUCAACAUGCAGGAGCUGUUUAAGUAUCCAGAUGUCCUUGACCUGAGAAGAAUUUAUUCCAACUGUAUUCACACCAUGCUGAACACAUAUGGGAUAGAGGCAGCCAACAGAGUUAUUAUCAAGGAGAUCCAGAAUGUGUUUGGCGCCUACGGCAUCUUGGUUGACUACCACCACUUAUCUCUCCUGGCCGACUACAUGACCUGCAGGGGAUUCUACGACUCGUUCAGCAGGAGAGACAUAUCCUACAACACCUCACCCUUCCAGAAAAUGACAUUUGAGACCACCAUGGCCUUCCUGCUUGAGGCUUGUGUGUCUGGUAGUCCUGACAGUCUAAAAUCUCCCAGUGGCAGUUUGGUUGUUGGAAAUGUUGUUGGAAUAGGAACAGGAUGUUUCCAAAUUCUGGACCCAGUAUCUAAGAAAGAGAGCUAACUCUGGUGUUAAACUUUUUUCCUGUCAAGCAAAGGACACUAGGAUGAAACAUGAAAAAGGCCACUAACUCUUGUAUGAAUGGUUAUUUUUAUUGGAUUUCUUUUUUGCAUUUGUUUAAUGACUAGUUUUAAAAAUGUAUAUUUAAAAAAAAUGAUCUGCAUAACUGUUAAGCUAUUUUAAUUUAAGAAAAACUUAAUAGCAUUUAUGUACAAUCCAAUGUUAUUGAAAUUAAUUUGUUAUUAAAAUUUAAAUUAAGACAGAA